AUGUCAAACCAAGACUUACGACAACCAUCUGAGGAGGGUCCGCAAUCCAUGAAUGAGCCAGAAUCAUCCAGUGAAGGUGGCUCCUGGUACCACAGGAGUGAUGAAGAUCAAGAGAAUAGGCCACAUGCAGACCCUAAUACACAGAUAGUCUAUACGGAAUUCCCUCCGGGUACAUCGGCCAGCUAUGAUAUAGAACGCCCUGAAUACGGAAACGAUCCAGUUGCACUGCGAAAAGCAUUUAAAAGAGCGAAGCGAAGACAGAAAGACAUAGAUGCCGAGAGACGGAGCUGGUAUGGUGAAGAUGCAGAUGAAGUCAUGGAAUACCAGUUCAGGUUUACGCCCGAGGAACUACGCGACAGAGCGGCGGAGAGACAUGGUGGGCAGACGUUUUAUGAGCAUAUGGUGGAAGUAGGGCUGGCGCAAGAUUUGGAUCGUAUCGUGGGGGAUGAAUUAGAGGAAGAACUUGAGGAAAAUUACGAGAGGAGAAUGGAAGAGUGGAGGACCGGCAUUCAUCCGGAUUUUGUACCAGAUUGGGAUCAUGGCGAUGUACACAAUCAAGGCGAUGAUCAUAAUCAAGGCGACAAUAACCAAGGCAAGGAGCAUGAUGAUGGAAACAGGGACAAAGACAACAGCAGAUUGGCAAAUUCAGAGCCGGAAACGUCGCGUGAGUAUUCAGAUAGUGGAGAUCGCGGUGACGAUGAAGGCGAAAGUGAUACACCGUCGACAGAUAAAACAAGGGCAAUGCCGGACUUUGAUUCAGAGUCUAAGAGCCAAAAGAGAAGAAGACUGUCGGAUGAUGCAUUUGAUAGUGGGAGGGCAUCAAAAAAACGAAGGACUCCUGAGCAAAGUGACAAUGAUGAAGCAGCGGCGAUGCAAGUCCAACGGGAGUUCUAUCAGUCGCAACCAGAACAGACAGAAGAGCCAUCAGAAGACACAGAUGUUGAGUACCAGCGACAACAGGAUGAAAGACGUGAUCUAUUUUUCAGAGACAAAGAGUUGCGAGAAAGUCUUGAUAGACGGCAGUCAGGGGAGCAGCAGCCACCGCAACCGCAACUACAGCAACAGACGCAGCAGCAAGAAUUUGAGGAAGGAGAGGGCGAGGAGGUACGACCAAGGACAAGACUGGAAUACGAAAGGGAAGCAAGACUUCAACAUGAUCUAGAAUAUGUUCUCCAGCAUCAAGAGGAUAUACGAGCCCACCUGCGAGGAAUUCAGAGGAGAUUGGAUAGUACAGGGGGAACGGAACCGAACUUACGAGAACUAUGGGGAGUGCAAAUGCAGAAUCUUGAAUUACAACGACACCGAGAAAUGAGAAUACAACAGCGGUUGCGAGUACUUCAGCAACAGUCUCGUAUAGAGGAUCUACAAUACCGACAAAAUGGACUAUCUGAGGAAAUUGGCCGAAUGCGGAUUGAGCAGGAUCAAGUACGAGAACGCCUAGAAAGGAUAGGGCAGCAGAUGAGAUUACACGGAUAUCGAGCAGACUGGCGAAGAGAGGAGGCGGCCCUAGAGGAGCAGCAGUAUCAAUUGGGGCAGCAAGUGGAACAUUUGGAACGGCGAAUCUUUGCACUCCAGCAACAAAUAGCAGAAAUGGAAGCUGAUCAACGCGUACAAGAGAGGAAGUGGGACGAGCUCAGAGUACAGGAAGAUGAACUCGUAAAGGCCAAUCACCACAGCAGCAACAGCAGCAACAACAGCAGCAACAACAGCAACAACAGCAACAACCGCGAGUGCAACUGCAGCGACAGCAGCGACAGCAUGGUCAGCAGCAAAUACCACGACAGCCAAGAGACCAAUGGCCGUCGCAAAUAUCGCAGCUUGAACGGGAACAUCGGCGACAGGAAAAUAGUCUAUGGAACCGACUGGAUAGACGGAACCAAGAACGCGAACAGGAACGGCGACGCCGGCCACUACGAGAGCUACAACCAGGACAAUACCCAGAUGAAGGACAAAAUCCACAACCUUCCCGACAUGUAA